AUGAGCGUCACAUUUGAAGUUUUCCGCGGGUCGAAGGACGGAAAAAUUGUUGCGGACAAGACUACACGCACCCUGCAACCCAAUGAGGUCUAUAUCGAAACCACACACUCCGGCCUUUGCGGCACAGACGAGCACUACCUGCGCUCCGGUCAGGCUCUUGGACACGAGGGCGUUGGCGUCGUACGACAGAUCGGCCGCGAUGUCACCAACGUCAAGGUUGGUGCCCGUGUCGGCUUUGGUUACACCCACUAUGUGUGUGGAACCUGUGAGCAGUGCUUGAGUGGAUGGGACCAAUACUGCGAGAACAAGGAAGAAUACGGUAGUCAUGACCAUGAUCUUGGAUCCUUCGGUGAGGGUGUCGUUUGGGAUGCAGGCUGUGUUGUCCCCAUUCCCGAUGGGUAUGACUCGGCAGAUGCGGCCCCCUUGAUGUGUGCUGGUGCAACUGUCUGGACUGUUCUUUCUGAGUACGGCGUUCGCCCCACAGACCGUGUUGCUGUCAUGGGUAUUGGCGGCCUUGGGCACUUGGCCAUCAAGUUGGCAGCUGCAAUGGGGUGCCACGUCGUUGUCCUCUCUAGCUCCGAGGCCAAGCGUGAAGAGGCGUUUGGCUUCGGCGCCUCUGAAUACCACGUCUUCCGCUCGGGCCAAGAGAUGAAAGAUUUCAAGCCGGUGAAUCAUCUCUUGCUUUGUGGCAGUGCCAAUGUUGACUAUGCUGCUCUGGUCCCCCUGAUGGAUGUACACGGAUCGAUCUACCCAUUGACAGUCGAUUUCGCUCCCUCUCCAGUCCCAAUGCUCUUGAUGAAUGUGAAGGGCAUCCGUGUGCAAGGAUCUCUUGUCGCCUCUCGUCGCAGCCUGCGCUCUUUGGUGCAGUUCGCCGCUGAGAAGAAAAUUAGCCCAACCAUAAUGACAUUCCCAUUGGACCAAGAGGGAGUCGAGAAGGCGAUGCAGACUCUGCGUGACGGCAAGAUGAGAUACCGGGGUGUUCUUGUUCGCCAGUAA